GAAGAGAAGAGGAAGAGGAGAGAGACACAGUCACAGAAGUGAAGCGACGUGACAGAGAGGAGAGACGCGUGCUGCCUCUGAGGAAAAGGAAGGCGCUGUACAAGGGAGCAGUGUACUGAGAUGGAUCCCAUCCUGGAGGUCCUGAGUGGGGCCAACACUACUGGAGGCCCCUCCCUGAACCACAGCAACAACCCCCUGGACAUGUUCUCUGGCAUGCAGCUGCUGCUGCGCUUCAAGCCCCUCUUCCUGCCCCUCUACUGCCUCCUGGUGGCCGUGGCCGGCAUAGGCAACUCCAUCCUGCUGGCCUGUAUCCUGGCCGAUAAGAAGCUCCACAACGCCACCAACUUCUUUAUCGGUAACCUGGCGGCCGGCGACCUGCUGAUGUGUCUGACCUGCGUCCCUCUGACCGCCUCGUACGCCUUCGACAGCCGCGGCUGGGCCUUCGGACGCCCUCUUUGCCACCUGGUGCCGCUGCUGCAGGCCGCCACUGUCUUCGCCUCGGUGCUGUCCCUCACGGCCAUCGCAGUAGACCGCUACGUGGUGGUGGCCCACCCAGUGAGGAGGAGGAUCUCUGUCGGGGGCUGCGGCGCAGUGGCUCUGGGGGUGUGGGGGUUGUCUCUGGCCCUGGCUGCCCCUCCCUCCCUCCACACGCGCUACCUGGACCUGAGGCCCCGUGGGGUGGAGCUGGUGGUGUGUGAAGAGUUCUGGCCGAGCUCUGGCCAGCUCAGGCUGCUCUACUCCUGCUGUAUCCUGGUAGCCUCCUACAUGAUCCCUCUGCUGUCAGUCAGCGUGUCCUACUGUGCCAUCACAGUGCACCUGAGACGCCACACGCUGCCCGGAGAGCCCUCACACUGCCAGCAGCGCUGGAGCCAGAGGAGGAGGAAAACCUUCUCUCUCCUGGUAGCCUCUGUGCUUGCCUUUGCCCUCUGCUGGCUGCCCCUGCAGGUGCUGAACCUGCUGUUGGACCUGGACCCAGACUACCACAUCGUGGACAAGCGCUAUGUCAAUGUGCUGCAGGUGUGCUGCCACCUGGUGGCCAUGAGCUCCGCCUGCUACAACCCCUUCAUCUACGCCUCCCUGCACAGCAAGAUCUGGCUGCACCUCAAGGGCUACCUGUGCCCUUGUCGCCGCCAGGGGACCCCAGGGGGCCAGCUCCUCUCCCGCUGCACCUCCCGGAACCCGGCCACCUGCCUCAGCCUGCUCUCUGAGGUCCCCGCCCCCGCCAAGGAGACCCCGGGGGUCGCCGGUCGAGAGUCCGACAGCACCCUCUGAGAACAUCAGGAACCACAGCGUGGUUUAUAGGUAGGGGUCAAAGGUCAUAUGCCAUAGCAGCAGCCAUUACAUAUAUCUCAUACACGCAGUUAGAGACGACGUAGGAGCAGGGAGGAGGGGGAGAAUGAGGAGAGGCAGAGAGACAGUAGGACAGGGGGAUCAGACUGCUCUGGAGACCGUCAACCCUGUGGAUCGUUCAUUCUAUUUGCCUUGGGUGUCACUACAGCAGCCAUGCUGCCAAAGAUGAUGAGCAGGUCCCGCAUCUUCUGUGAGGCAGAGCGUGCAAACACUGUUGGGACCUUGGGCUGGGAUGCAGGUCUGGCAGCGGCAGAGGGGGGUGAUGACCCUGCUCUGAACUCCUCACUCUCCAAAUGGAUUACACACACGAAACAGAGGAGGGCAACAGGGCACAAACAGUCCGCAAAGAUAACUCACUCUUCGCCUGAUUUUGACGUGUUUCUUACUUUCUCUCCCUUUUCUUACUCUCUCUCUUGAUCACUUUUUCCGAUUUAUUUCAAUGCAUGUAGCUUUACUUUUAUUUUGAUUUCUCUCUCUCUCUCUCUCUUUUGCUCUCUGUCCCCCUUUCCCUAGCCCCUAGUUUCUCUCUGCCUGGGCCAUAUGGAGCGAUUCCCCUGCCCAGUGCUAGUUAGGUGUGUAGGAGUAUCUUUGAACAGGUGUUGUUCCCUGCAGGAUUUCCCUGCAGUCUCAAACCCAAUCAGCUCCCUGGAACUCAAUUAAUCCAAAGCAAAGCACUAUCUGUGCAGUCACCAACAGUGAUAUUAUGGCUGCCAUGUUGACUGACAGCCCAGGAACAGCACCCAGUCUGCCAAAUGUACCUCACAAUUGGAUUAGUUUCGUAUCUGUUGCUGAGUAGCGCAACUAGAACACAACAUACACUUUUUAACCCGUUGUUAUGCCACUUGCUGAACCCUGAGACACUGGCUUUGAGCCUAAUAAAAUGGAUUAAUUCCCAGAGGCCCUUUCUGUUGCUGUCUGUGAAUUGGUGUUAUGUUCUGUUAAAAAGGUUAGUUGUUUUCAAAGUGAAUUUCUCCUCUCAAAAAACUGGUGUUGCACAAAGCUCCUGCCGUCUGAUUUCCCAGUGUGUUGUGAUAACAAGCGGGUUUCAACACAAAAUCAUAACCCUGUUGUCAUCUUUUGACAACACAAUUUAUAGCGAUGGUUACACUGAGUGAAAGUGAGCUUUCUAGCCGUGGUUUCAGUGGCUGUAUCAGAGGAGGAAUAGUGUGUUUCAAACAGGGUUGUGCAGCUGUGUCCAUGUCUGUCUAGUUAGCUGGGGUUCAUGUAGCUAACAUUCACAAGGCCUCUGAGCACACUGUCACUGACUCACUCUAGCAAACCACCCACGGCGUCAGUCCAACAAGAACACUGGGUUUGAAUGGCUUUAAAUGUGAUCUGUAUGGAUGUUUGUGUAUGACCAGAUAUCAUGAAACGGACUUCGAAACAGACUGCUGCAGUUAAGUGUGAGCAAAAUGUUUUUUUUUUUUUUUUUAAAUCUUCGAAAUCGAAUAUAAUGGAAAAGGCACAGGGGUUUUGAAUGAACCUCCUUUAAACAAAUUGAUCAUGUAGGUUAGGAGUAAUACACCGUGUCACACAUACUGUACACACAUUUGAAACAAUUACUCGCAGUGAACGCAUGACUGCAGUUUCACACAUCCCUGUUACACACACAGUGUUUCUGUUCCUUCUCUGUAGAGGCAGCUGUUCUACCCUGCCUCAUUGUUGGCAUCACCUUGGUUUCCUGUAUGAGGUUCAGAGGCAUCAUGCCCAUAGGGGGGCACAAAGGCAGAUGUUUCCUGUUUAUUUAUUUUUCAGAUGUUAAAUUAAUUACUGAACAAAACGCUUAACCCCACAUUUUCUCAUCAUUAUUUAUUAAAAAAGAUCUGUCAGCUGGGUUUUGCAGAGAGGGCACAAUGACUGGACCAGGCAAAGAGUACAUCCCCCCUGCCCCAUUCUACCUAGCAAAUGGUUCCUUCCAAGGUUAAAUCAAAUCAAAUUGUAUUAGUCACAUGUGCCGAAUACAACAGUGAAAUGCUUACUCACGAGCCCCUAACCAACAAUGCAGUUUAAAAAAAAAGAGUAACAAUAAGAAAUAAAAGUAACAAGAAAUUAAAGAGCAGCAGUAAAAUAACAUUAGUGAGACUAUACACAGGGGGGUACCGAUACACCACAGAGUAAAGACAGGCUCGGCAGGACACUAAAUACUGUAUUCUAGUGAAGUGGUAUUCAACUUUUACCCUACGAGGUCCGGAGCCUGCUGAUUUUCUGUUCUACCUGAUAAUUAAUUGCACCCACCUGGUGUCCCAGGUCUAAAUCAGUCCCUGAUUAGAGGGGGACAAUUAAAAAAAAAUACAAUUGAACUGGCUUCAAAGUCCAGAGUUGAGUUUGAGGGCUUUAGAGCAUGCAGACAGUAUCGUCAGUAGAGGAGAGAGAGUGUUCGAGUGACACACACAGCAGUUGAUUUGAUUUUAGUGGCCGGUGAUGGCCAGGACUUGCUGGAAGUAUGUUAGUAAAUGAAUUUGAUCAAGCCAUGUAGACUAUUGAUUCCUUCUUGAUAAAUAUAUAAAACAAAAAUGUUUAGCUGUUUCUCUAUAUUACUAGCCACCUAGCAAUUUUUUGCCAGCUAGCUAUGGUCCCAAUCUCCCAACCUCAUAACCAGCUACCAAGCUGUUUCAGGCUAUCAAUCAAGUUGGAGUAGCUUGUCUAACUAUCUUAGCUGGCAUGCCUGCUGGCAAGGUUGGUAGACUUAAGAAAAGCAAGCAAAUGCUAAAUGUACUGAACAACAUUCAACAUUCUUUUACCCAGAUUUUUUUUGAAGAGAUGCAGAAAAGCAUAUUUAGUUUCUUAAAAAAAAAAAAAAAACAGUCAGGAACAUACUUAGUUUAAAUGUGAUCUGACAAUUGAUGUUAAUAUCAGAUUAUUUGUGUAUUAAUUAUGAUGUCAUGAUAUGUGCCUGUAUUUAUGAUGUAUGUUAUGACCCCAUGUAAUGUGUUGUAAUUUGGAUGUAAUAUCCUAGGCAUGUUUGUGCAGUAUAUUGAGAUGUGGGAUUUACAACAGUCAAAAUGACACCCUCAUUGAAAUGAAAAUUGAACAGGUAAAGAGGUAUGCUGAAAUAACCUAUGCAGAAAAAUAUUUAUUUUUAAAUAGAAUUAGGCAUAAUGAUUAUGGCACUAGAUUGCAGGAAGAAGCUGUUUCAGGUGUAUAAAAAAUGCCAAAUGCUCCAACUUACCACCCCCUCCAUCCUCCGAAAAGAAUGUCUGCAUGACGCACGCCCCUGAUCCUGUUUGUUUGCUAAUUAAAAAGACUGUGAAAUCAUA